AUGGCUCCCGCGCUUCCGCACCCGCCGUCCGCGAACGUCGUGCUCUCCUUCACGGCCGCGCCCGCGGAGUUGCUCAGCAGCUCCCAAGCCAAGGGCGAGAACUUGCAGAUUGAGCUGCAGAGUAUCGAACGCGAGUUGAAGGACUGGUGGACGACCAGAAAGAUCCUCAGAGAUCGCAACAUCGGCAUGUUCAACCUCUUCCGCCACCACAACUUUGUCGGGUUCUCGAUCAACAACGCGCAGAUUUCCGACGGCGAGCGCGUCAUGUGGACUGAGCUCGUCAACGGCAAGCCGGACUUGGAGGACUCGCUGAGCAUCGACGCCCGCGAAAUGAAGGUGGACAUGUACACGCGCAUCUUCAGGCAGGCUGCAGACCUCGAGAACCCGUGCCGCAUUCCUGGCACCGCGUACCUGCGCUGCCUGCGCGACACGAUCAGCGAGACGCAGAACGUUCGCACGUCGACCUGCCUGAACGCGUUCAGCAGCUUCGACGCCUGCCGCAAGGGUCUGAUGCAGCAGCAGGCCGCUGCACUCGAGAACAGCUUGAUUCGGCAGAAUCUGCAGGACAUCCGCGCGAAGGCUCUCUUCGAGCGGCGCUCGGUCCUUCUCGACCUGCUUGAGGGCAAAUAA